AUGAAGCCAGAUGCCUGGAAACAGUGGGUUGCCCAACAACAUCGGCACAUGAGUAUGUAUAACGCGGAGGCGUGGUUUCAACAUUUGUUGAAUAGUGUAGAGGAGGCGGCAGUAUCGCCAAAAGGCGACGUACCUAUAGCGGAAAAACACUUAGAAGUGGAAACAGUAAUGGCCGCAGAACAUAUACUACGAGUGAGAGAUGUACCACGCUCGCAACCACUGCAUAAGCAACCUUACAUGAAAAAACCGUUAACCGCUCACACAUGGAUGCUCCUUCUCGCGUCCGUAAUCGAACAAUGUGAAAUCGAGAGUAGUAUGCAGGAUAGGGAGUUAUAUGUGGAUGCCCUAUUGCACAAGCUCUGA